CUUGUGCUUUUUUUGAUAAUAUUAGCAUGGAUUGUUGAAAUUGCUGAGCGUACAGCUACCUUAGUUGCAAGAUGGCAAGGUGUAGGUUUCACCCAUGGUGUGCUCAACACUGACAAUAUGAGCAUUUUGGGUCAAACCAUUGACUAUGGCCCAUUUGGGUUCUUGGAUGCUUUUGAUCCAAGUUACACCCCGAACACCACAGAUCUCCCAGGAAGAAGAUACUGUUUUGCAAAUCAGCCUGACAUCGGUUUGUGGAAUAUUGCUCAAUUUUCUAAGACUCUGGCAGUUGCUCAGCUGAUUAAUCAAAAGGAAGCAAAUUACGCCAUGGAGAGGUACGGUGAUAAAUUCAUGGAUGAGUAUCAAGCCAUAAUGUCAAAGAAGCUUGGUCUUUCUAAGUAUAACAAGGAGGUCAUUAGUAAACUUCUGAACAAUAU